CAGUGUAUUUGUAUCUUUCAGUUUGUUUUGUGCGCGCGCGGUGAACGGUUGUUUCUGUUGUUUCUCGGCUCCUCGCGGUGUGCGUGCGUGUGCGUGCGUCACCAACACAACGACGGUGUGUGUGUGUGCGUGUGCUUUUCUUAAUAUUUUUUUUGUUAAUAAUAAUUCUUCUGAACCUGCGGGCUAUGCCGAAGAAGAAGCCAAAGAAAGUGAGAGCCAGAAAGUGUCGCGGAAUUGCGCCUGCGAAUACUUCAGCUUAACAAUUCCAAAAUCACACAGAAAAGUGACUGCAGCAGCAGCAGUAGCAACAACAACAACGGUCUAGGUGGUGAAGAGAGAAAGAGAGAGGGCCAUAUUCGAACAGCAUGUGAGCUAAUCAGCAAAGCAGCGAUUUCUACAAACAUUUUCUGCUUCUUAAGGCCACCAAAAAAAAAAAAAACGAAGAAACUCGAAGAAGAAGUGCUACAAAUUAUUAAUAAUUUAGUUAAUGAUUUAUUUAAGUGACGUCGCGUGUUUUUUGUUUUGCCCAAUAAGAAACAACAACAACAAAGGAGUGACCGUAAGGGGAGAGAGGGAGAGCAGGAAAAAACAGUUAACUUUGUGGCCACCAAAAAGCGCAGUGGGAAAGAAGAAAACGGGAAAAAAGAUUGUGAUUGUGGAGCUCUCGAUAUUGAUAUUUAGUAUUGAAAUUGAAUCAUUCGCAUUUUGAACAAGAAAAAUCGUGUAAAAAUAGUGAAAAAAUCCAAGAGAACAUAAAGGCACUGGCGCUGCUGCUGCGCUGCCACAGAGGCAGCAAUCUUAUCGCCUAAAAAAAAAAUACAUAUAAUAUUCCAGACCCCAAAACUGAUGAGGGUUUCUUUCGAUGGUCUAACCAUGGAAUAUUGAUUCCAAUAACCGCGAAAAAAACAAAGAAAAUCAAGGGAAACACCAAGUGAAAAGCGGAAAAACAGUAGCUGCCAAGAUGACGGACUUUGUGGAGCUGCUGAACAGCAUGUCCAGCACUUUCAACAGCGACUGUGCCACCUCCACGGCGGAGGGGGGCACGCUCCUCAAUCUGGAUUUGGCCGAGGAUAAAACGCUCAAGUGGCGCAAUUUGGCCAAUAAUCAGUUCGCCUGCAAGGACAAGAAGCACAAGGAGAAGGAGGACAAGGAGGAGGAGAGAGAGAGCAGGAAGGAGGAGGAGGAGGAGGAAUCCAAAAAUCUGGAUGAAAUCGAGGAUAUUAAGGGUCUACUGGCGGAUGUUGUGGAUGCGGCGGCUGUCAAAUUGGAGGAAGAGGAAGCAGCUGCAGCGGAGGCAGCCCAGAAUGCCGAAAAAGUGGAAGAAGAGAGCGCUGAAAAACAACAACAACAACACAAGGAAGAAGUAGUAGAACAAGGAGAAGAAGAAGCAGAGGAAAAGUCCUUGGCAAAGGAAGAAGAAGAGCAGGAAAAGGAGGUGCAGCAGAAAGAAGAAGAAGGAGAAGCAGCAGCGGAAUCAGCGGAGGUGGCAACAGCCGAAAAACAGGAAGCAAGUGCAGAAUUAGCAACAACAACAACAGCAGCGGCAGAGGCAGAGGCAGCAGCAACAACUACAACAAUUGAGGCGGCAGAGGCAGCAUCUCCACUUGUUGUUGAGGCAGCGGCAGCAGCUGAUAAAAAUGAACAAGUUUCGCCAGGCGGUACGCGGCGCUCUCGGAGAACCCCUCGGCCUACAGACACGUCCACGCCCACGCCCAGUGCCACGCCCACGCCAAACACCGAUGAGCCUGCUCAGGUGGAGAUUACAGAACCCGAGCCGCAAGUGACGGAGCUGCACGUGGAGGUUAAUUGUCGUCUGGAGGUGCCAGCACUGGAGGAGAUUACAGCAGCUGUUGGUCUAGAGGUGAAGAAGGAGCCGGAGAAACCGUCUCCAAUGACUACUUCAUCCCCCGAAGAGAACACAGCACCUGCUCCCAAACGAGGAAGGGGUCGAGCCAAGAAAAUACGACCAGAAGCCGAGGUGGCGGUGGACUCCAAUGAAGUUCUGCCCCUGGGCGAGGAUUCGGUGGUGGAGAAGAAGCCGGGACGCAAGAGGAAGAUGCCGGAUGAACAGCUGGAACAUGCGCAACUCGGCGACCUUGUUGUGGUGAAAACCGAGCAGGAGGAGUUGUUGGGAGAUGCUCCCUCGGGCGACGGCAAGAGGAUGCGUCGCAGUGUCCGGCUGGGCAAUCGAUUGCCCGCCGAUGGGAGCACCUGGGAGGAGGUGAAGACCGAGCCCCUUUCCCACCAGCAGCCGCCUGCAGAGCUCUCCUUGAUGGAGGUCACCCCGGUGCCCUUGCCACCAGCCGUGCUGGAUGAGAAGACGCCACCAAAAAAGCGAGGACGCAAGGCCAAGAUUCAGCCCGGUGCGAAAUUGGAGCCGGGAUCCUCCUCCGCACUCCCUCCCCUAACCAAUGGCAACAAGAAAACGACUCCCACUGGAGGAGCCGACUUGCAACUGCCCAAGCGUUCGAAGCGGAGAAUCAAACCGACGCCAAAAAUUCUGGAAAACGAUGAACUGCGCUGUGAGUUCGAAACGAAGCACAUUGAGCGAAUGACCCACUGGGAGAGUGCAGCAGCUGCAGCGGCAGAUGGAGAGUUUGAGACUCCACCAACGGGCGGAGGUGGCUCCAAUUCGUCAACCUCGAGGCAAAAGAGUGACAAGUCCGAUGGCAGCAACUUCGAAGGAGGUCCGGGACAUCCAGCUGGCACAAGUGCCAUCAAGAAGCGACUUUUCUCCAAGUCCCAGCGUGACAUUGAAAACUAUGGAGCAGCCAUGCUGGCCAAGAGCAAGGUGCGCCCGUGUCCGGAUGUGGAGCAGUUCCUCAGCGACAUCAAGGCGUCGCGCAUCAAUGCGAACCGAUCUCCGGAGGAGCGGAAGCUGAACAAGAAACAGCAACGGAAACUGGCCAAGCAGAAGGAGAAGCACCUGAAGCAUCUGGGACUGCAGAGAAAUCACAGCGAGGAGGCCUCGGACAACGACAGCUCCAACACGGACAAUGAGUUUGUGCCCACGACAAGGGUGCAGGUGGGGAAACCAAGUGUUACUUUGAGGGUAAGGAACACGGUUACCAAGGAGCUGCCCACAACAUCAGCAGCUGCCCAGAAAUCAUUAUCCCGCAAUCCAGUUGUGCAGCCAGCUAAGCUGACGAGAAGAGUGGGCGGAAGGGGAGCCGGAGGCGGAACUGUGGCAGCCGGAGCUGGAGUAUCCGUUUCCACCCUCGAUGCAGAACAGCUUCACUCGCUGAACACCUCGAUCCUGGCCGAUGUUACGCCCAUCAGGGACUUGGAUGCCAGGCCCAGCACCUCCAAAACGGCCAAGUUCAUUUGUCUGUGCCAGAAGAGUUCCCAGUACUAUGCCAGGAAUGCGCCGGAUUCCUCCUACUGCUGUGCCAUCGAUCACAUUGACGAGCAGAAGAUUGGCUGCUGCAACGAGCUCUCCUCGGAGGUUCACAAUCUUUUGAGACCCAGCCAAAGGGUUAGCUACAUGAUCCUGUGCGACGAGCACAAGAAGCGCUUGCACUCGCACAAUUGCUGUGCAGGAUGUGGCAUCUUUUGUACACAGGGCAAAUUUGUGCUGUGCAAGCAGCAGCACUUCUUUCACCCGGAUUGUGCCCAGCGUUUCAUUCUGAACACUCCCUACGAGGAGGGUCGUGGCGAUCGGGAGGAUCAAGGAGCCAAGUUCAGCAGUCCCAUGUUGGUACUCAAGUGCCCGCACUGCGGACUGGACACACCCGAGCGCACCUCCACGGUGACCAUGAAGUGCCAGUCGCUGCCCGUCUUUCUGCCCACCCAGAAGUACAAGAUCAAACCCGCCAAGCUGACUACCUCCUCGCAUCUGGCUCAAUUUGGAGCCGCUGGAAAGGCCAGCAGUCCAGGUGCCAAGGCCAAAAGCAAGGGGGGAUCUUCCGCCGCCGGCGCAGCGUCCUCCUCCUCCGUCUCGAAGACAAAUGGCACCCAAAGAGGCAAGGCGGGCAGUUCAAACUCGAGCUCCAGCCAGGCUCUUAACACGAUCAACUUUGCGCAGUUGAUUCCAGACUCCGUGAUGAAUGUGGUACUACGUGGCCAUGUGGUUUCGGCCAGUGGACGCGUGACCACGGAGUUCACCUCACGGGAUAUGUACUAUGCGGUCCAGAACGAUGAUUUGGAGCGAGUGGCGGAGAUUCUGGCUGCCGACUUCAAUGUGCUGACACCUAUUCGGGAGUACUUGAAUGGCACCUGUCUGCAUUUGGUGGCCCACUCGGGCACUCUCCAGAUGGCAUACCUGCUGCUCUGCAAGGGAGCCAGCUCACAGGAUUUCGUCAACAUUGUGGACAGCGAACUGCGGACGGCAUUGAUGUGUGCAGUAAUGAACGAGAAGUGCGACAUGCUCAAUCUCUUUCUGCAAUGUGGAGCCGAUGUGGCCAUCAAGGGUCCCGAUGGCAAGACAUGUCUGCAUAUUGCAGCCAAGUUGGGCAACGUGGAGGCCACUCAGCUGAUUGUGGAGAGCUAUCGAGCCUCGCGGAAUAUCACCAGCUUUCUGAGCUUUAUCGAUGCCCAGGAUGAAGGCGGUUGGACGGCCAUGGUGUGGGCAGCGGAGCUGGGACACACGGAUAUCGUUAGCUUCCUGCUCAACCAGGAGGCCGAUCCGAACAUCUGCGACAAUGACAACAACACGGUGCUGCACUGGUCCACGCUACACAACGAUGGUCUGGACACGAUUACGGUGCUGCUGCAAGCGGGAGCGGACUGUAAUGUGCAGAAUGUGGAAGGGGACACUCCACUCCACAUUGCCUGUCGUCACUCGGUCACCCGAAUGUGCAUCGCAUUGAUUGCCAAUGGAGCGGAUCUGAUGAUCAAGAACAAGGCGGAGCAGCUGCCCUUCGACUGCAUCCCCAAUGAGGAGUCUGAGUGCGGCCGCACCGUGGGUUUCAACAUGCAGAUGCGCAGUUUCCGACCGCUGGGCCUGCGUACCUUUGUGGUUUGCGCGGACGCCUCCAAUGGCCGGGAAGCACGACCCAUCCAGGCGGUGCGCAACGAACUGGCCAUGUCCGAGAGCGAGGACGAGGCCGAUUCGCUUAUGUGGCCGGACUUUCGCUACGUGACCCAGUGCAUCAUCCAGCAGAAUUCGGUGCAGAUCGACCGGCGCGUCUCCCAGAUGCGCAUCUGCUCCUGCCCGGAUAGCUGCAGCAGCGAUCGGUGCCAGUGCAACGGAGCCUCUUCGCAGAACUGGUACACGGCGGAGAGCCGCCUCACCGCCGACUUUAAUUACGAGGAUCCGGCGGUGAUCUUCGAGUGCAACGACGUCUGCGGCUGUAAUCAGCUCUCCUGCAAGAACCGCGUGGUGCAGAAUGGCACGAGGACUCCGCUGCAGAUCGUCGAGUGCGAGGAGCAGGCCAAAGGCUGGGGAGUCCGGGCGCUGGCCAAUGUGCCCAAGGGCACCUUUGUGGCCAGCUACACGGGUGAGAUUCUCACCGCCAUGGAGGCCGAUCGGCGCACCGAUGACAGCUACUACUUCGACCUGGACAACGGGCACUGCAUCGACGCCAACUACUAUGGCAAUGUGACCCGGUUCUUUAACCACUCGUGUGAGCCAAAUAUUUUGCCAGUUCGCGUUUUCUAUGAGCACCAGGAUUACAGAUUCCCCAAGAUCGCCUUCUUCGCAUGCCGCGACAUCGAUGCCGGAGAGGAGAUAUGCUACGACUAUGGGGAGAAGUUCUGGCGCGUGGAGCACCGCUCCAGUGUGGGCUGUCGCUGCCUGACGGCCUCCUGCAAGUACGCCUCCCAAUCCUCAAGCACAAAUGCCUCGCCCACGGAUGCAGCGACUGCAGCGGAACCGGAAACGGAAGCGCAGCUAUCUGCAAAUGCCUCGGAGGAGAUGGAUCAGGCGUAG